AUGGUUAUUGAUUCCGGAAAAGAGUCGGUCUCGUACCAGAUCCAGACUACCUCGCAGGAUGUGCCCAAGGCUAGGCAAUUGCCGGUCACGCUGCUCUCGGGUUUCCUGGGCAGCGGCAAGACCACUCUCCUCAAGCAUAUCCUCAAGUCCCCGGACCAUGGGCUUCGCAUUGCCGUCAUUGUCAAUGAUAUGAGCCAGUUGAACAUCGACGCCGCCCUCAUCAAGAACCACAAAGUCUCUCAAACCACCGAGAAGCUCAUCCAGCUGCAGAAUGGAUGCAUCUGCUGUACACUGCGUGGGGAUCUGUUGGCCGAGCUUGCACAGCUCACCAAGCAGAACGACAUUCAAUAUGUGGUCAUCGAGAGCACGGGGAUUAGUGAGCCGAUGCAAGUCGCCGAGACAUUCACGGCUGAAUUCAGUACUGCAAUGCUGGAAGCGGAGGAUCAAAUUGCGGAGGAUGAUGAGGAUGCCAAGAAGAUUCUGAAUGAAAUUGUGGACUUGGGCGGGCUCCACACUCUCGCUCGUCUGGACACAACAGCCACCGUCAUCGACGCCUUCAACCUACUAUCCAACUUCGACACAACCGAGUUCCUCUCUGACCGAUACGGGAGAGAGGAGAUCGUGCCUGAAGACGAGCGAACCAUCUCCGAUCUCAUGGUGGACCAGAUUGAAUUUGCCGAUGUCUUGAUCGUGAACAAGAUCGAGACCGUCGACCAAGCCACUCGCGAGAAGAUUCUGCAACUGCUCAAGCUGCUGAAUCCCGACGCCAAAGUCCUAGAGUCCAGUUACUCCCAGGUGGACGUUCGCGAGAUCAUCGCGACAGGCAAAUUCGAUUUCGUCCGCGCUGCCUCGGGUGCCGGUUGGCUACGCAGCUUGCACGAGAUGACGGUCCAGACCACGGGCAAUGGAGACCGGAUGGCGCCCAAGCCAGAGACUCUGGAGUACGGGAUCAACAACUUCGUUUACACAGCCCGACGGCCUUUCCACCCUCGCCGUCUGUUCAGUCUUCUCCAUGACAAAUUCAUCCUUCUUCAAAACAAUGAAGUGGACGACGAAGAAGACGACGACGACGAAGGUGAUGACGCAGAUGAGAUGGACACAGACUCCGAGUCCGUAGAAGACUUCGACCAGCCCGACCCGGCUGACAUCCUAAACAACAAACGCUCCCACCCGGCUUUUGGGCCCAUCCUGCGAUCCAAGGGCUUCUUCUGGCUCUCCACUCGGCCCUUCCAGUUUGGAGAGUGGAGCCAAGCCGGCGGGAUGUUGACGGUCGGCUGUGGUGGACCUUGGUUUGCCGAAGUGCCCGACUCCGCCUGGCCCGAAGAUCAGGAGGUGCGCAAAUCCAUCCAGAAUGACUUCCAGGGUCCCUGGGGUGAUCGCCGUCAGGAGUUGGUGUUCAUUGGAGAAGGGGUUGACAAGGCCCGCAUCUCGGCCAUUCUCGAUGAGUGUCUGCUGGAUGACCAGGACAUGAAGAAAUGGGAGAAGGUGAUGAAAAAUACGAAGCUUGAUCUAGAAGAAAAGGCCAAGAAGCUGACUGAUAUGUGGGAAGAUGGCUGGGAGGAAUGGCCUGCCUUUGGCAUUGAAGAUGAAGAGGAAGAAGAAGAAGAGAAGCCCAAGCACCGUAUCAGCGAGCACCUGGGGCAUCGGCAAGGCCACAACCAUGCACACAACCACCGAGCUAUUGCAGUAUAA